AUGGUUUGUUUUUGUCAAGAAGAUGCAUCGAGGAGACACAUAUGCUGUGAGUCGAGUCCUCACCAAACGCAGAAACAAAAGGCACUGGAUUCGCCAUACAAAUCUGGUUCAUUGGUGUCUUGCUUGUUUGCUGCCUGUGGACAUAAUCCUCCUCUUCAUACGGAGUACUGGACUCACCUCUCGUUGGGUAGGAGUCAAUAUCCACCGACUCAGACUACAGUGUCUCAGGUCGUUUGGCGCUGGUUGAUGACAUCUGUACAGCUAAAAGACAGACCGGGGACGCCACUGUGCCGUCGGAUGACCGCCACUCCGUGCCAUCUCCAACCUGCUGAAUCUGGCUGUGGCCUUGCUCGUGUGAGGUUUUGGAAGACCUUGGGUCCGUCUCAGACUUCCAAGGAUAAUCACGGCACUCACUCAGCUCGCUUAGAUUGA